AUGGCGUCACAGCCCCCCAAAUCGCAGCCGCCACCGCCUCUCACAAGCUCCCCAUACCCAUACGCUGCCGCGCCAGACAUCAUCCGCGCCCACCAAAAAGACGCCUACUUCCAAGGCCUCCUCACCAACCAGAUCUCCGACCUCCACCGCCGUCUCCGCGGCGCCCGAUCUGCCCACUCCUGGGCGACCGAGACCCGCACAAUAGGCGAUGCCCUCUACCUCUGCCUUACAACCCUAAUCGGCAACCGCACGCUCGGAGAAGAAUACUGCGAUCUUGUCCAAGUCGAAGCGCCCCCCUCUUCUCCCUCGCAGCAACAAGCAACCACCUACCCCGACUCCCACAUCCCCCCCAAACCCACCUCCCAACCCGGGCCCCUUCUCCCCUCCCUCUCCCGCCGAGCAGGCUUCAUCGCAACCUCAACACUAACCCCCUACCUCCUCACCCUCCUCCUCCCCAAACUCCGCUCCUCCCUCCGCCGCCUUCUCACCACCCGGCUGACAACCCUCACCACCCGCGGCCUCGACACAACAAAACAAGGCCAACCCACCUCUGAAGCCCGCGCCCUCCGCUACAUCCUAACCCACCUCUCCUCCCUCACCAACCCAGCCCACAUCCACGCCAUCACCCUCGCAACCUUUUACUUCACCGGCGCGUAUUACUCCCUCUCCAAGCGGCUCUUCGGCCUCCGCUACAUCUUCACCAAGCGCAUCCCCGACACCCCAGGAGCAAGCCAAAACUCUGGUCGCGGAGGCUACGAAGUGCUCGGCGUCCUCCUCGUCACCCAAAUGCUCGUCAGGACCUACCUCCACCUCUCCCAACAACUGUCUUCCUCCCCUUCGUCAAAUAUAGACGACAUCCCCACAUCAUCAGACCGGUACAUCCCCUCCGGCCCCGUCGAAGUCUCUUUGGACGACAACGCCUACGCCCUCAACACCUCCCUCCUUGACACCUCGGCCCCCGCUCCCCAGAACCAGCGCUCAUUGGCGGAGAUUGCCAGGACGACUCACACCCCGUUGGUGAAAGGAGGGACGAAGCCGAGGUAUGAUCUCAGUGACGGGAAGCAAAUGGCUUGGAUAAAGGGUUACAAUCCCAGGAAGUGCACGCUCUGUCUGGAGGAGCUGAGGGACCCGGCGGUGACGAGCUGCGGGCAUGUGUUUUGCUGGGAGUGCAUCGGGGAUUGGGUGAGGGAGAAGCCAGAGUGUCCGUUGUGCAGGAGGGAGGCGAUGGGGCAGAAGAUUUUGCCGCUGAGGAUGGUGCAUGUUCACUAG